GAUGCGGCUCCGCCCGUACCGGACGGUCGGUCCCGUCAGGCACCGCGCGGGGUCAACCCGAGGUCGGUGGGGUUUGCAACGCGGCGUCGGCGGCUUAGUCUCCUAGGUCUGAGCAGGUGCAGGGUUCCAGGGCAGGAUGUACACGCUGCUUUCGGGGCUGUACAAGUACAUGUUCCAGAAGGAUGAAUACUGCAUCCUGAUCCUGGGCCUGGACAAUGCUGGGAAGACAACUACAGGUUAGUUGCCACCAGCCUGCGAAGAGCAUUCUACAGGCAGAGACCUUCUUGGAACAAUCAAAAACACGGUUUAACAAGACCUACAAGGGGAUGAGUCUAUCCAAAAUCACUACUACCGUGGGUCUAAACAUUGGCACUGUGGACGUGGGGAAGGCUCGUCUCAUGUUCUGGGACUUAGGUGGGCAAGAAGAGCUACAGUCUUUGUGGGACAAGUACUAUGCAGAGUGCCAUGGCGUCAUCUAUGUCAUUGACUCCACUGAUGAGGAGAGACUGUCAGAAUCCAAAGAGGCAUUUGAGAAGGUGGUUUCGAGUGAAGCACUGGACGGUGUCCCCAUCCUGGUGUUGGCCAACAAGCAGGAUGUGGAGACCUGCCUCUCCAUUCCUGACAUCAAGACUGCAUUCAGUGACUGUACCUGCAAGAUUGGCCGGCGAGACUGUCUGACCCAGGCCUGCUCUGCUCUCACAGGAAAAGGAGUUCGAGAGGGCAUCGAAUGGAUGGUGAAGUGUGUCGUUCGGAAUGUUCACCGGCCACCACGGCAGAGGGACAUCACAUAAGCCCUGCCAACUUGGAACUGUU